AUGACUAUGGAUAUCACACCAGACCAGGUCAGAUACAUCGCUGAGCAGCUAGAAAGCCAUAGCGUGUCGUUUAACACGGUCUCACGUGAUCUCAAUCUACACACUGCCCAGGCCAAGCAGGUGCUUUAUGCGUACUACUCAUCUAACAAGGAGAAGUUGAACGCGUUAUAUGUGGUGACUGGAGUUCAAGGACUGAAAACGGUGGUGAAGGUGGUGGAUAACGUGGACGAUGGGGUCAUGUCGGAGGUUUUCGAUAAGGUCAAUUCCAAGCAUAUUUUUAGCAUUUCUCAGAAUAAGUUCUCGUUCAGUACGAGUGAUAUUGCAUUAGAGGAGCUCAGACGUCCGGUGGAUUUGGAGAAUCUAGACGUUUAUUAUGAGCAAGGCAUGAUUAGGGGAAGGCCUGUUAAGAAGGCGCUGGUCAAGGAAGGGUUCCGUCCUAGAGCUGAACCAGCAAAGCCUAAGCCUAAGCCAGAACCAAAGAAGGAAGCUGCUCCUCCUCCCCAGGCUGAAAGCAAGCCAAAGUUACAGUACCAGUCUAGGAAAGAAAAACCACAGCCAUCGUUGCUUUCAAACUACGUUUCAAGAAAGGAUGAGAAGAAGCAGAAGGAUGCAGAAAAGAGUGGUAGCACUGUUGAUAAACGCUCUAGGCCCGAUCAGGGCUCUGGCUACCAAUACAAAUCCCGCAAAUUAGAGAAGCAGCAGCCUAAGGAAAGAGUCAUUGUGUCCCACGACACGGAGGAUCCAGAGGAUGAAGAGCCAGCGAGAAAGGCGCCCACAACGAAAACUACCGAUCUCAAUUCGUUGUUCUUAGACGAUCUAAGCGACUUUUCUGAUAAUGACGACACGGCGAAGGAGGCGGCUCAGGAAAAGGAGGAGCCCAUUAUGGUUGAGGAAGCGGCACAGCACGAUCCCCUGGCUGAGGAAGAAAAGGGGGCCAAAGCCACCGUUGCUCCCCUGCUACCCCAGGAUUCUUCGUUGCGUUCUCUUACAUCGAAAUCGCCCACGCCGCAGGUUGCGGAGCCCCAGGAUACGGCCAAAGAUGCACCUCAGGAACCUGAGACUACAGUUGAUGAAGAUGGUUAUAUUGUGACGAAGAAAGCACCAGAGCCCAAGAAGGAGCCCCCUAAACGUGAAGUCAAAAAACCAGCCCCUGCCACUAAAAAGCCAACUUCCUCAAAGAAGAAAUCAGACGGAACAAAGAAACAGGCAUCCCUUAUGAGCUUCUUCGACAGACGCUAA